AUGGCCCCCGCAGCUGUAUUCAACCCCCCUUCUGCCACACUUCCUGGCAAACCAUCUGUGCCAGAAUGGGUCCCCCCACCAGUCACACAAGAGAAACACAACUUUGCUACGUUGAAAUCUAUCGAUCUUUCCUUGCUCGAUUCGGAAGACCCAGAAGUUGUACAAGAUCUUAUUCAGCAAGUGAAGAUUGCUAUUAGAGACGAUGGCUUCUUAUUCCUUGAAAACUACGGUGUUUCUCUGGAGCAGCUUCACCGCCAAUUCUCGCUAGCGCAGUAUAUGUAUCAGAAUAUCAGCGAAGAAGAUAAAGAGCGUCUUCUUUUCGACCCAGAUACGACCGGAGUGUGGUCCGGCUACAAGCAUCCAUACGGCUUUAAGCGUCAUCGCGGGCCCGCCGAUGGAAUUGAGCAAUUCAACUGGUAUAAACCCGACUGGGAGAACAUCGACCGCGUGCCUAAAUGCCUUCACCCAUUCAUGGAUGAGAUCGAAAGCUUCUGUAAUUAUUUGACAAAAAGCGUUAACAAGCGCCUUCUUACACUGUUUUCUCGGGUUCUUGAGCUGCCUGACGACUAUCUGUGGGACAAUGUUCAAUCGCAUGGUAGCCCAACUGGCGAGGGUUAUUUCCGUCAUGCUCUCUUUCGUCCGGUGAAGAAGCAAACCGAGGAGGCAUCCAAGGGCCUCCGCAUGCAUGGUCACACAGACUUUGGGCUUACUACUUUGCUAUUUUCUGUUCCAAUCUCCUGCCUUCAAAUCUGGGGGCGGGAUGAAAAGUGGUACUACGUGCCUUACAAGCCUGGAGCACUGGUUAUUAACAUUGGUGAUACUUUGGAGAUUGUUUCAGGUGGCCACUUUAAGGCUACGCGUCAUCGUGUCUUCAAGCCGCCUGUGGACCAAUUGAAUGAGGAGCGUUUGUCCUUGGUUCUUUUCAACAGCUCCCUAGGUGACAUGCGCAUGACCCCUGCAAAAGAAUCUCCUCUUAUUCAGCGAGAGGGAUGCAUCGAGGAACAAGGGGUAUAUAAGGAGUUCAAGAGGCUAACGUCGGAGGGAAGAGUUGUUCCAACUAAUCGUCAAUGGCGUGAGAUUCAGAUAGCCACUUGCACUGAUCCCACCGAUACUGUCAAUAAUCGGGUUGGAGCUCACCAGGUCAUGAUUGAUGGCAAGAUUAUGCAUCAAAGAGAGUACAUGGGUGUUAAAGUUGUGCUGCCGGUUUAG